AUGCCCGCUUCCGCCCCAACCGCCGUCUCCGCACCGGGCAAGGUGUUCCUGGCGGGCGGCUACCUAGUGCUCGACCGAGAGUACACGGCCCUGGUCUUCGGGCUCAGCGCCCGCGUCAACGUAAUCGCCCAGGAGAUCCAAACCAGCCAGGGCGUCCAGCUCCAGGAGAUCGUCGUCGCUAGCCCUCAGUUCCUCGACAGUCAGUGGAGGUACGGCUACCACCUGACGCCAGAACAGGGUGGUAUGCUCGUCACGCAAUUGCAUGUCGGCGCCAAAAUAAAUGCCAACCCCUUCGUUGAGACGACUCUGAGCUAUGUCUUGACGUAUAUCGCGUCCGUGUCGCCAAACAAAUCCGCACUUAGCCUAGACCCAGCACGGCUGACGGUCCUGGCCGACAACGACUACUACUCCCAGCCACACUCGAUGACAGGCACCGAGAAGAACCCUACCCGGUUUGCCAAGUUCCCCACGCCGCUCAAGGAUGCCAACAAGACUGGGCUGGGAUCCUCGGCCGCCCUGGUCACUGCACUGACCGCAGCUCUCCUGUCUCACUACCUGCCCACGUCGGUCUUCGACGUGUCGACAGAAGAAGGCAAACGGAUCCUGCACAACCUCGCCCAGGCAGCUCAUUGUGCGGCACAGGGCAAGGUUGGCUCUGGUUUCGAUAUCGCUGCAGCUGUCUAUGGUAGCUGUCGUUACCGGCGCUUCAGCCCCAGCAUUCUGAAGAAUCUACCCGAGCCAGGCACUGCCGGCUUCGCGCCAGCCGUGACCAAGCUCGUGGAGAGCGCGGCCUGGGAUUACGAGAUCAGCAAGGAAGGCGUGACCCUUCCGCCUGGCGUGGCGCUGCGCAUGUGUGAUGUCGACUGCGGCAGCCAGACCGUCGGCAUGGUCAAGAAGGUGCUCGCCUGGCGGGAGCAGGACGUUGCAGGGUCCAAGAAGAUCUGGGACACGCUGCAGGAGCGCAACGUUACCCUGGGCCGCCUGCUGGCUGAGGGGAAGACCAAAGACAUCGUGCCGGCUGUCGACGCGAUACGUGAGCUUAUCCGCGCCAUGGGAACCGAGAGUGGGGUUCCCAUCGAGCCGGAGAGCCAGACUGUGCUGCUGGACGCUCUGAAGGAUGUCGAGGGAGUGUACAAUGGCGUCGUGCCGGGGGCUGGGGGCUUUGAUGCCGUUGCAUUGCUGAUGCAAGACGACGCGGCCACCGAGACCAGGGUCAAAGAGUACGUGAAAGCAUGGGGUAAAGAUCACAACGGUGCAGUCAGGUUGCUGGACGUAAAGGGAGAGAUGGAAGGAGUUAGGCGCGAGGGGUUGAAAGAGUACGGUGGCUGGUUGACUUGA